CCAUCUGCACCCAAUUGUAUAAAGCUUGGUUAAAUUAACCCUGGGUUAAACUCUAACCUUUGGUUAUCUUUAACCAAAUCUGGUUAGCUAACCAGUUUGGUUAACCAAUUGUAUAAACCAAGAUAACCAAAUGGUUAGUUAACCAAAUUGGUUAAAAUUAACCACUGGUUAAUUUUAACCAAUCCGUCCCGUCAUGCGGUAUUUUGGUGGUUCCGGUGACGUUAUUUUCGCGGAAUUUGUCAAAGCAGAAGACAAAACAAAAAACAUGGAACCUCCAGCCUCCAAGAAACCUAGAGUCAGGGCCAAAAACUUUUCUAUGUCGGAGGUGGAGGUGUUAAAGACCGCAGUUACAGAUAACUUCAGUACAAUUUCAGCAAAACACUGCAAUGGAACAGGUGGAAUCACAAAGAAAAUUCAAGACAAAGUAAGUUUCAAAAUGCAAUUGACCAAUUACCCCAUGAUCCCGAGAUGUACUGUAUAUUUACACAGGUUCAUCUCCGUAAUCUAGCAUACGAAAUGUCCUUUAAUUCUUUUUCAAAAUGUAGACCAAUGUUAUUUUACUUAGUUUAUUAGUUUUAAUAGAUUUCUAAUCUCAUGAAAGUGUAUGCAUGUUGUUUUAUACUCUAUAAUAUGCCUAACUUUCGCUUUGAUAUCUUACUUUUUAGCCGCUUUAUUUUUGUUAUUUUCUGUAUUCUUUGUUUGUCGGAAAAUAGCUCAUGAGCAAAUGUUUUUUGUUAAAAUUUAUUCGACGUAAUAUAAAGAUUUGUAUCUUAAAAUUUCAGGCCUGGGCGACCAUCUGUGAAAAGGUAAACAGUGUCGGAAAUGCGAAGCGGUCCGUCGCUGAAGUGAAGGAAAAGUGGCGUAACCUCACUAAAAAGGCAAAAACUGAGACCACCAUGCAGAAAGUGUCCAUGCAGAAAACCGGGGUGGACCACCAGCACCAUUGCCUGAUCCACUCCUGGAUGAUAUUGCUGGAUUGUUCUGUUCUUCAGCCUCCUUUCACGGGAUACCAGGAGCUACUGACUGUGAAACUGUCACGAUAAGUUUACGUCUAGAUGAAGAGGAUGCAUAUGCAGAUGAAAUUCCUAGUAUGGUUAUUAAUGCUGAAGAGUUGCAGAAAGUAGAUGAAAUAUCAUCAGCAGCAAAUUCAGCAGCACCAAUUCAAGGCAGCAGGGCUUCAGCAGCACCAUGUCCAAGCAGCAGUACUUCAGAAAGAGUAUCAUCAGCAGCAAAGUCAGCAGCACCAAUUCAAGGCAGCAGGGCUUCAGCAGCACCAUGUCCAAGCAGCAGUACUUCAGAUAGAGAGCCCCUUGUUUGUGACAAGUCUUCAAAACCUCAAAAUGAACUAGUCAACCAUUUCACAAAAAUGCCACAGAAAAGUCUUAAAGAGCUACAAAUGGAGUUCUACACAGUCUCUAUACAAAAUGAGAGGGAAAAGUUUAAACUCAUACAAGAACAGACAGCCUUAUGCAGAGAACUUAGAGAGAACAUUCCGAAGUUGUCCUUAGUUUUGGAUGCAUUGUGUACAAAAAAAGAUGAAGAGUGA